CCAAGCUUCUAGAAAGUUGUUGCCAAGUGGAAUUCCCAAACAUCAUCGCCUUCCGUUUUGUGUUCCUCUUCAGUCUCAUUAUUCCCACUGCCCGGGCUUGGCCUUCCAGUUCAAUUCAGUUCAGUUCAGUUCAAUUUGUCUCAAGGCUGGAGCUGCCGGAUUGCGCUAGCCGUCGUUUUUAGUCUUUCCGUUUCCAUCAUCCAUUCUACACUACACUACUUAUACACUACUUAAUAGCAACGUCUUUUUUCCCAGGAUCAUCGACGUCACUGUCUCGUUCCCGUACGAUCCGAACUGGCCUGUCGUGCCCUGGAGGAUGCUGAUUCGAAUCUGGAGUUGAGACUGCUGCUGGAGACCAGGACACAUUCGCCAUGGACACACUUCAAUACGGGGCGCGAGACCUCCCAUGGUCCUCGAUUCCGACUGACCUCCUCCGCGCCGAGCUCUCGAAACGCGUCGAUGCUACGGACAAAUCCCGUCCGCAAUGCGGUUCCGGCGAGAAGGGGGAAUACAACACAGGGCUACAUGUCUUUGCACUUGUCUUGAUCCUCCUGUUGAGCACCUUGUCCUGCGGAUUUCCUCUCUUCUCGCGCCGAGCCAUGAAAGGUAGCAGACUGCAACGAAAGAUCAUAUUUUUCAGCCAGUACUUCGGCACCGGCGUGCUGAUGGCGACUGCUUUCGUCCACCUGCUCCCGACAGCUUUCCUGUCUUUGACGGACCCUUGCCUACCAUACGUCUUCAGCGAAGGAUACAAACCGCUUGCCGGCUUGGUUUCCAUGACGGCUGCCUUGGCCGUCGUUGCCCUCGAAUCAUACCUCACAACACGCGGAGCUACCCAUUCGCAUUCGCAUACCAUCUUCGAAGACGAGGAGGAAAACGGCCAUAUGCACAAUGAUACCCACCAUGACUUCAAGGAUACCCCGGAACGUAUCCCGCUUCAGGAUCGUGAGGUUACUCAAGGCCUCAUAGGCCAACAGUCUCCCAUUGCCAGCACUAGCGCCCACCAUUCUCCUUCCGACCAGCCUCGAGCUGUUGGAGACAACGAAAGCGCCAAUUCCCUUGAUCUCGACUUGACCUUUGACGAGCUCCAGCCUAUCCCAAACACCGAUCAUGACCAGCUUCUUGAGCCCAGUAACACCAGCCCCCAUAGGACGGGACUGAAGCCUGCGGUAGCUCCCGAUUCGCCAAACCCCGAAGAACAAAAGCGCAUGCUGUUGCAGUGUUUGCUACUCGAAGCCGGUAUCUUGUUCCACAGCGUCUUCAUAGGAAUGGCUUUGUCUGUCGCAACUGGGCCUCCGUUUAUCGUAUUCCUGAUCGCCAUCGGCUUCCAUCAAACGUUCGAAGGCCUUGCCCUGGGUACACGCAUCGCCGCCAUCCACUUCCCUCGUUCUUCCCCACGGCCAUGGCUCAUGGUAUUGGCGUUUGGCACCACCACCCCCAUUGGACAAGCUAUCGGUUUGCUUAUCCACACUUUUUACGACCCCCUGAGCCAAACUGGCCUCCUCAUGGUCGGCUUCAUGAAUGCCAUUUCCAGCGGUCUUUUGUUGUUUGCUGGCUUGGUGCAGUUGCUCGCCGAGGACUUCCUUUCAGAGAAGAGUUACGCAACGCUUCAUGGCCGGAAAAGACUACAUGCCUAUCUUGCUGUAGUAGCAGGGGCUGGGCUCAUGUCUGCUGUCGGAGCCUUUGCUUGAAGCACAAAUCCUCCGUUGACUUCUUGUAGAUAUAUGGGCAUGCUUUGCAUCUACUUAUGGUUGCAUCAUUAGCGGCGUUUUCUUUCUGUAUAGAGCAUUUCUGCCAUCAGCGGUACCCCGGUAAACUUGAAUUCUACUUGCCUCUUUGCAAUGCCUUUUGCCUUCCGUCUUUGAGAGCACGCAUGGACGCACUCCUCCUUUGCGAGGGCCAACGGCAUGAUGACAGUAUCAUCAUGAUCCGCAAGAAAUACCCGGACAAAGAUGGAGUACAAUGAUGGUAGGGCAUCCAAACAAACACGCCACCCUAAGUUUUACUCCCCUGCUGGGAAGACCCAGUUCUCCCGGAUCGUAUUCUAGUAACAACAUGCAUCAGACCGGACAAACCGCAUCAACUCACACACC